UUAAUCAAUUCGUUCUAUCUCUCCUCUCCCGCCCCAAUUCUUCAUCUUCUUCUCUUCUCUUCUCUUCUCAUUUCGAAUGAAAUUAUCAGAAAUCAGAAACUUUUAACCUUUGCGCGAUUCAUUCAUCUUACUUGUUUUGUAUGGAGAACACAAAGAUUGGAGAAGACCCGAACUCCGAUCCGUUCUUCGACGCCGUCGAACAAUCUCCCUCCGUGGACUGUACCGGCGAGGACGAAUCCGGAGAACCAACGGAGUUACUGAAGCACAGGAUCGUUGAAGAUGGAUUUAGUGAAGUAAUACUUGGAGAUAAGCAUUCCUCUGUAACUACUCUUCCCAAUGGCCUCCGGCGUCGACGUUCAUUUCGACACAACCGUGAAGGAAGUUACGGCAACGAUGACAAGAAUGCGAGCUCUGAUUCGCCUGUGAUUUCGGAAGUUACCCACGUUUCGGAAUCGUUAUUUCCUGUGGAGAAAAGGAAUGAAUUUUUACGCACUUUGAAGGAUCACGAACAGGUACGUGAAAGUUUUGAAUCUCCUCAACUUCGUUCAAGCCCGGGUCCAAUUAUUAGUGUACAAGAGGAGGAUUCUCAUUUGGAUUCUACCGUCACGUCUGCGAAUAACGAGCGUGUUGGUGAUUCAGCGACUGGGGAUUCCCAUGUGGAUUCUACCGUCACUUCUGCGAAACACGAGCGUGUUGAGGAUUCAACGACGGGGGAUUACCAUGUGGGAAACCUCGAUGAAACUUCGUCCAGUUUUCUGAUUUUCCUUGCGGGAUUGGUGGUUAAGGCAAUAGGAUUUCAAUUCAGUAUAUUGAUUAGGUUCAUUACUUUCCCUAUUUGGUUAUCCUAUUAUUCUUUCAUGUUGGUGAUCGACCCCUUUCGAACUGUUAGACGGGCUAAAAGAUAUUUGACCGCGAGGAUUUUUGGGAUAUGGGAUAUGUUUUGGGCGAGUGUUUCUCCAUAUAUGUUUGAACGGUUGAAGGGACAUAAGAUUGGGACGUUGAUUGCUAGGUUCGGUUAUGGAAUAUUCUGGUCGGUCUAUGUCUGUUUCAUGUUAUGUGGCCUCCUGAUUUUGGCAUUCGUGAUGGGUGGUUUUAUGAUGCGGUAUAUAGUUGAGGAGCCGAUUCAGUUGACAGAGAAGCUGAAUUUUGAUUAUACGAAGAGAAGUCCAGUUGCUUAUGUUCCUCUCACUCAUUGCUCUGCUGGCUUGUGUGGUUCAGAUUGUAAAGGACAAGAUGAAGUUAAAUAUUAUGUUGGAUUACGUGUUAUUCCCCAAAAUCAAAAAUUGGAGCUCACCAUUUCAUUGACAUUGCCAGAAUCCGAGUACAAUAAGAAACUUGGGGUCUUCCAGGUCAGGGUAGAUUUCCUAUCUGCAAAUGGUAGAGUUGCUUCCAGUUUAAAGGAUCCAUGCAUGUUGCGCUUUAAAAGUGAGCCUAUCCACUAUCUGGAGACAUUUCUCAAAACUGCUCCUCUUGUUGCUGGCUAUUCAUCAGAAUCCCAAAAUCUUAAUUUGAAAAUGAGAGGGUUUACUGAAGGAAAAGAGCCAACUGCAUGUUUGAGGGUGGUCCUUGAACAGCGAGCAGAAUACAAGCCUGGUGCUGGUAUACCUGAAAUUUAUGAUGCAUCUCUUGUGAUUGAAUCUGACCUUCCUCUAUUUAAAAGGAUUGUUUGGUAUUGGAAGAAAACAAUAUAUAUUUGGACUAGUUUAUCCUUGUUAAUGAUGGAAUUACUGUUGGCUUUAGUCUGCUGUAGACCUAUUCUUAUCCCAAGAGCAAAACCCAGGAAUAGUUCCACAGCUAACAACAGUUCUCGCCAAAACACAGGAGCUGGGUCCUAAAGCAGCUAAAGAUCAUAGGGAUGUGGUGAUGAUAUGGUUUGGAGAAGAAAAUAUUGUGUUGUACUCAAUUUUUCUAACAUACUCUGUUGUACUCAGAUAUGGAUAUUCCAACUGGUGCUUCCACUCAGCUUUAAGUUAUUGGAUGCUACUGAAAAUUCUUGAAAAACCAAAA